GUCAUGGAGGUGGAGUCUGCAGAGGUCCUGUCUCCAGCUCCGGGUUACAAGCGCUCUGGCCGCCGCUAUAAGUGCCUGUCAUGUACCAAGACGUUUCCAAAUGCACCCAGAGCAGCGCGCCAUGCUGCCACCCACGGGUCUGCUGAUUUAGGUAAAGAAGAGGUGGCUGAGGUGAAGCCAAAGCCAGAGACAGAGCCCAAGCCAGAAGAAGCCAGUGGGGACAAGGUGUCAGGUACUGCGGCUAAACCACGGCCUUACGCGUGUCCGCUGUGUCCCAAGGCCUACAAGACGGCCCCUGAAUUACGCAGCCAUGGGCGCAGCCACACGGGCGAGAAACCCUUCCCCUGCCCCGAGUGUGGCCGCCGCUUCAUGCAGCCGGUGUGUCUGCGUGUGCACCUGGCCUCCCACGCUGGCGAGUUGCCCUUCCGCUGCACACAUUGCCCCAAGGCCUAUGGCGCACUCUCCAAGCUCAAGAUCCAUCAACGUGGCCACACUGGAGAGCGGCCCUACGCCUGUACUGACUGCGGCAAAAGCUUCGCUGACCCGUCGGUGUUUCGCAAACAUCGGCGCACACAUGCAGGUCUGCGGCCCUACAGCUGUGAGCGCUGCGGCAAGGCCUACGCGGAGCUCAAGGACCUACGCAACCACGAGCGGUCCCACACCGGUGAACGCCCCUUUCUCUGCUCCGAGUGUGGAAAGAGUUUCUCCCGCUCAUCGUCGCUCACAUGUCACCAGCGCAUCCACGCAGCGCAGAAGCCCUAUCGCUGCCCGGCCUGUGGCAAAGGCUUCACCCAGCUCAGCUCCUACCAGAGCCACGAGCGCACUCACUCCGGGGAAAAACCCUUCCUGUGUCCACGGUGCGGCCGCAUGUUCUCGGACCCCUCCAGCUUCCGGCGUCACCAGCGGGCGCACGAAGGCGUGAAGCCUUACCGUUGUGAGAAGUGCGGCAAGGACUUCCGGCAGCCCGCUGACCUGGCCAUGCACCGUCGGGUGCACACGGGUGACCGGCCAUUCAAGUGCCUGCAGUGCGACAAGACGUUCGUGGCGUCCUGGGACCUUAAGCGGCAUGCGCUCGUGCACUCCGGCCAGCGACCCUUCCGCUGUGAGGAAUGUGGACGCGCCUUCGCCGAGCGGGCCAGCCUCACCAAACACAGCCGAGUGCACUCAGGGGAGCGUCCCUUCCACUGUAAUGCCUGCGGAAAAUCCUUUGUCGUAUCCUCCAGCCUGAGGAAGCAUGAGCGGACCCAUCGAAGCAGCGAGGCCGCUGGGGCGCCUGCGCAACCGGAGCUGGUAGUGGGGCUGGCGCUGCCUGUUGGAGUGGGAGGCGAGGGUUCAGCAGCACCGGGGGCUGUCACAGGGCUAGGGGACCCAUCAGCAGCAGGGCUGCUAGGGCUGACUCCAGAGUCAGGUGGGGUGAUGGCCACACAGUGGCAAGUGGUGGGCAUGACAGUAGAGCAUGUAGAGAAUGCUGGCCCUGGGGAGGUUCCUGGUCCCUUGGGAGGGGCAGGCGAGGUGGGGAGUGAGGAGGCAGACGAGAAGCCACCUCAGUUUGUGUGCCGCGAGUGCAAGGAGACCUUCUCCACGCUGACCUUACUGAGACGCCACGAACGCUCACACCCUGAGCUCAGGCCUUUUCCCUGCACGCAGUGCGGCAAGAGCUUCUCUGACAGGGCGGGGCUCCGCAAACACAGUCGCACCCACAGUUCUGUGCGCCCCUACACCUGCCCUCACUGCCCCAAGGGCUUCUUGAGUGCCAGUGACCUGCGCAAGCACGAACGUACCCAUCCUGUUGAGACCCCCACGCCCCUGGAGCCCCUUGUGGCUUUGCUAGGAAUGCCUGAAGAGGGGCCAGCUUGA